UUUACCGGCAAUCAAUCGCUUCAAGGUUGCUUGUAUUCCGUGUCGCAGUACGUAUUUGGUACUUGGUACAGCUGCUACGUUUAUUGAUCCAAAACGUUGCAUUGUGGUGCAAUCUUUGAUUUUUUCGAUAAUCAUUUAAGCAGCACACUGAAAAUAUAUCAAGUAGGAAAUAAAAAGCACUGAUGCAGAUGAAUGAAUCCGGACACCGCAGUUCUGCAUAUCUGCAGGACAAGGAACGUAGGCGGCAAGAUAGAUCAGACGAUGUAACUUCACAUAAGAAUCUUCAUGACUCCUUCAAUGAUGACGAUGAAGCUCAUGAUCGCUACGAGCAAGCUCAAGUGGACAAAAACACGAAAUAUCGUCAUGAGUUAAAGCAGCAGUGUGAGGCCAAUGAGGAGAGGAGACACCAGGUACAGGUGGAGUCUUCUAUCCAGCGGCAAGUGCGGGAAGAUAUCGGUACAAUCAUGGCUGAUCAAAACCAAAAGUAUGUGGAACAUCAGCAAGAACAGUCGGAGCAGUUGCGUCAAGACAUAAUCUCCUUCAAGCAAGACUGCGCUGAUUUUAAGGACAUGCAGAGAGAGUUGAUCAACAUAGAGGAGAGCCGAAUUGACCGGCAACGGAAUGAGUCUUCUGAUAGGAGUGAUGCUGUUAUUGCUGAGCGAGCAAGAAAAAUUAAAGUAAAAGAUGACUAUAAUGAGAAACGGGCUGAAGAAAUGAUGGCUGAUGAGGAGGAGCGCGGAGAAAAAUUCUGA